AUGGAGGUGGUUUUGUCCGAGCAUGAUUGGAUUAGAGCCCUCCGAAUGACUUCAUACGGUUUCCUAUUAUAUGGUCCUGGUUCAUAUGCAUGGUAUCAGUUCCUCGAUCAUUGCAUGCCAAAGCAAACUGUUGAGAACUUAUUGAUGAAGGUUUUAUUAAACCAAAUUGCACUAGGUCCAACUGUAAUUGCUGUUGUUUUUGCAUGGAACAAUUUAUGGCAAGGGAAACUUGCAGAGCUUCCCAAUAAAUACAAAAAAGAUGCCCUCCCUACCCUAUUGUUUGGAUUUCGGUUCUGGAUUCCCGUGAGCAUAUUGAAUUUUUGGAUUGUCCCCCUUCAAGCCCGCGUUGCUUUCAUAACUUAUAUCCAUGGACGUCUAUAUGGCAGUUUGAGCAUCAACUUUUAUCAGGAUAGCGCAGUCCUUGGAAGCAGUUUCUGA